AUGAUUAAACAACAGCAACCACAACAACUUAAGGCGCAAAGCACCCAGGUCCUUCAUACCAUUACAUACGCCAUAUAUGCAUAUAAUUCAAAGACGGCAGAACAAACGCAAAGGUUGAAAUAUGGAGAUUUGGAGAUAGUAUUGAAAAAUGACCGUUUCGAAUUCGUUUGCAAAGGUGGUGCAGUGAUAUCAAAUAUAAAAGAAAUUUUAUUUAUGAAUUCUAAAAUUAAAGGUAUAACGGAUGAUAUAACAUCAAUUCCACCAGAAGAACAAAGAUAUUACGCAUUAAAUGCAUUUCCUAAAGUUUUGAAGAUUGGAAGAUUUAAUUUAAAUGAGGAAUUCAUAAAAGGUUUCCUAAAUGACAUAAUGAAGAAAGCGGAUAAAACUUAUGUUAAUGAUGAGUUAAUGAAGAAAGCGGAUAAAACUUAUGUUAAUGAUGAGUUAAUGAAGAAAGCGGAUAAAACUUAUGUUAAUGAUGAGUUAAUGAAGAAAGCGGAUAAAACUUAUGUUAAUGAUGAGUUAAUGAAGAAAGCGGAUAAAACUUAUGUUAAUGAUGAGUUAAUGAAGAAAGCGGAUAAAACUUAUGUUAAUGAUGAGUUAAUGAAGAAAGCGGAUAAAACUUAUGUUAAUGAUGA